AUGACAACAUUUCAAAUACCUGGUUUGGACUAUGGAAGCGAUGAAAGUUCACCGGAACCUGAAGAGGAUCCCUUGGAAAGUCAUAUGUGUAUCGAUUGCUACAGCAUCGCGAUGAAAAUCGUCCAACAACCGAAAGGAACGCCAUUAGCCGAUAAGUAUCUAGCCGUGCAUGAAUUGAGCAAUGAAGAAAUAGUUCUUUUCGGGAAUGCUUUAAAGGAGACCGAUGUUGAUCCCGAUGGUGAUGACUUCAUUCAUUGUGACCGAUGUAAUUGUUACUAUCGUGCUUCAUGUAAGGAGCAUCCCCUUUUUUGGGUGAAAGAUCGUGAGCCGCGCUUCGAAAGUGGCGCACAAACUCUUUUGUUUAUUCGAGUAGUUUACUUUUUAUUUCAGAGUAAGAAUUCGAAGCCGGAAGAUCGUGCCCGAAUGACUGCACCUGCUUUCAUCAGUAUAAAAACCUCGUCAAUACCUAAUGCAGGAUUAGGAGCAUUCGCUGAGGCCUGCAUUCCGGUUGGGAUGGUGUUCGGUCCGUACCAAGGCAUACUCAUAGACGACGCUUCUGAAGCGGAGAAAGACGGAUACUGUUGGGAGCUUCGAAGUCACACUGGCCCGCAUUUUAUUGAUGGUAGUAAUACGCAAUAUUCAAAUUGGAUGCGGUAUAUCAACAGUUCCCGGCGUGAGUUCCGUUAUUGCUUAUGUUCAUCUAUGCUCAAGAAAGAACCUGUUUCUCUUUCUCGAACGAGUUAUGUUCCCUGA